AACAAAAGAUAAUUGGACAUUUGGACUCACCAAACCCAACCAAAAAUCCGGCAAAAAAUGACCCUUAUUAAUCAGUCCGAUGACCGAUUAACCGGCAAUUCCAAGUUUUCCCACGUUAAGCUCACCAACUUUUCUCUUUCCUGCCACGUGUCUUUUCUCGGUUUCCCAUACCGUGACGGACGGACACCGUCAAAAUCCCCUCCUUAACGGCAAUCCAACAAACUUCUUCCUUUCCCCUUUCUCUCUCUUCUCAAUUUCUCCCCCAAAAAACCCUAAUUUUUCUCUCUCAACUUUCUCUCUCCUCAGAUCCAUGGACGAAGACGAAGAAAUCCAGUCGCAUCCUUCUUCAGGAAGCGAAUCUGACCCUCCGCCCUUACCACAACCAUUACCUUCGAAUCAAAUAACUGCUGUGACUGUCGCAGCUGUUCCUCCAAAUUCGAAGUCUCCAUCGACGCCAAGUUCUUUAACUUUGGCGCUUCCGAUCCAGCCAAUGUCUCGUCUUUCUUCCGUCGGUGGAUUCAGCGGUAGUGGUGGUGGAGGAAGAGAGGAUUGUUGGAGCGAAGGAGCUACGUCGGUGUUGAUUAAUGCGUGGGGAGAAAGGUAUAUGGAGUUGAGUAGAGGGAAUUUGAAGCAAAAACACUGGAAAGAAGUUGCUGAUAUUGUUAGUAGUCGAGAAGAUUAUACCAAAGUUCCAAAAACGGAUAUACAGUGCAAGAAUCGGAUUGAUACUGUAAAGAAGAAGUAUAAGACUGAAAAGGCAAAGAUUGAAAAUGGUUGUGGUCCGAGUCGCUGGCCAUUUUUUGAACGGUUGGAUAGGUUAAUUGGUCCUGCAGCCAUGACCGCAGCCCCGAAUGCUAGUAAGGGUUUUAGGUCGGGCACAGUGUCAGUAGCCGGAGUUACCGUUUCUCCACAAACUGGUAAUGCUUCUACUGGUGGAUUGAAGUCGGUGCCCGUUGGAAUUCCGGUUGGGGUUCGACAACCUGCACCGCUUCCGUUUUCCCCUCCUAGUUAUCUUCAGACUCCAUCACAGAAGCAAGUCCAGCAACACCAAGAACUUGUGAGACAGAUGCUACAACAACAGCAGCAACAACGACAGAAUGCAGAGGUGGUUGCUAGAUUACGAUAUAAUAGUAUGAUUAAUCAUAAUAAUAGCAAUAAUGGUAGUAAUAUUGGUUCUGGUAGUAGUAAUUUUAACAAUACUGGGAAUAGUAGUAUGUGGAUACAGCAGGUGAAGCAGAUGCAGGAGCAGAGUAAGCAGAUUCAACAACCACAACAACAAUUUAGAAAGGCUUCAAUUCCGGUAGAGUCAGAUUCUGAUAAGGAAGAUUGGUCUCAUGAUUCAGGGGAUAGUUUACCACCAAAAAGGACUGUGUUUGAGAUGCGAAAGCGGAAGAAUGUGGAGAUGAAUAAGGGUGGUGGUGUUGGUGGAGAAAAAAGGGGGAAAACGACUGAUAAGGAAGAUUGGUCUCAUGAUUCGGGGGACAGUUUACCACCAGAAAGAACUGUGUUUGAAAUGCGAAAGCAGAAGAAUGUGGAGAUGAAUAAGGGUGGUGUUGGUGGGGAAAAAAGGGGGAAAGCAAAGAAAAGAGAGAAGAAAGAAGCUGUUAAAAUGUGGGGGAAUUCGGUAAGGGAGUUAACACAGGCAAUUUUGAAGUUUGGAGAAGCGUAUGAAGCAGCUGAAAGUAAGAAAUUGCAGCACGUUGUGGAGAUGGAAAUGCAGAGGAUGAAGUUUGCCAAGGAGUUGGAGUUGCAAAGGAUGAAGUUUAUGACUAAAACACAAAUUGAGCUUUCCCAAUUGAAUGGAAAUGGGAAUGGGAAUGGGAAUUUGAAUGUGAAAAUGAAUGUGAAUGGAAGUGCGAGUAAUAACAGUGAUAGCCGAGGCGGCGGAAGUGGUGGUGUUGGUGGUGGAGAAAUAAAUAAUCACCAUUUACAUGAGAAUCAUCUUAAUCAUGCUAAUAGUGAUAGUAGUAAUUAGUAAUCACAACUUAGAGGUAUUGUAGCAAGUGAGUAGGAACAGAAGUCUGAUUAUUAGGUUGGAAAAGAUUGGAAGAGUCUGAUUGUUAUGAAAUAUGAACAUUUGAAUUGUGAAAAAAGGAUUCAAAAUGUUUUGUAAUUGAUGAUGGUUAAUCUAUAUGAGAAAAUUGUUAGA